AUGCACGGACGAAGAUCGGGUGCCGCGGCCCUCCCGGCCACCCUUUUACCUCUGCUUCUACUUUUCCCGGCAUCGUCACUCGGCGCCAGCCCGGCGAUAGCAGACAGAGCUUUAUAUAUCCGCGAUGCCGCUCUUGGGCUCUCCGCAGCCGCAGCUUGUGGUGAUAAAGGCUCUCUCGCGCACUGUUUCCGCAAUGUACCAGAAUACGUCGAGGCCGACGACCUAGAGCGAUGCUUCCGCAACGCCGGCUGCACGAGUGCUGAGUCUACCAUCGAAGCCGCCUUCAUCAUCAACAACAUCCACAACGGCAAGUCUGUCGCCGAACUUCGACGGCGAGGGCCUGAACCCAUACCAGCUAACCAAAAAUCUACCACAGCUCCUACACCAGCGCCUACACCCGCACCAGCAGAAACCGGCACUUCAUCCGCAACCGCCACAGGGGGCGUCUUCUCAGCCUCCAUCGAAUGCAGCUCCUCCACCACCACCCUAGCCACCUCCUGCCCCAUCCAAUCCACGGGCAGCGAAUCCGGGAAAACCCUCUCAUGCUUCGAGACCCAAGUCCCGACGUCAGUCUGCAAGGCCGAAAACAUCUGCUCGACGGACAAGGACGGCAACGACCUGUGCAUGGUGCGCCAUGACACGCUAGACGUCGGCGAGAUCAUCAUAACCGCCUUCCUAGCCACAGUUUUCGGCCUAGGCUUCGCCACCCUUCUAUUCUUCUGCUGCCGCGACAAGAGCGCCCAGCGCAAGCGGAAGGCGCAGGCCGAGGCCGCAGCCAUCGCCAAGACGGCUUAUGCACACGCGGUCGACGAGGAGACCGCCAUCCCGCCCAAGCGCGAGCCGAGCGUAGGGCCUGGUGGACAACAAAAUCCGUUUACGGAUUCUUCUUACACGGACGCUGCGGGUCAUGCUCCGAGCCACCACUAG